UUAGAAAUUGCCGUUUUGGUGUUACUCUUAUUCAGUUGUCGUGGUUAGUUUGGGUUGUUGUAAAUUAGUAUAUCGUCGUCCGUCAGGAUAGUAUGUUAACAUAAAGAACUAUUGGAGUACAUAAUGAGAACAUUUACAAGAUAAUUCUUGAUUUGUGGUAGAUUAUUUGUACUUGCUUUAAACUUUUUUCAAAAAAUACAUUUUAGUUUUGCCAGUUUAUGUCUUCUAUAAAGCAAAACAUGCAAAGCAUUUGUCAUGUGCGACACAAAAAUAUUUGUAUUAGACGAACUUUCACUUUGUCGAAAGGUGACCGAAGAUUUAUUAAUUGGCAAUGUUGAACAAUACAGCACUAAAUUGCUUUCUUCUCUUUACGCAUCUAUUGAAAGUGGUACAAAAGCCACUGAAGUUUUCUCUAUAACAGAUUUUGAAGUAUUUUUAACAAAGCUUCUUCUAGCAUCCUUGUGCAAUUCAAAUGACUUAUCUUUAACUCUACAAACCGCUCACCAAUGCAAUUUAUUUGCUGAAGAAUAUCGUGUUACAACGUUCCUUAAUAAAAAAUUCUGGAAUGCUAUCGUUAUGAGUGAUUUACCAGAUGUCCAGUUUUUUGAAGCUUUUCUUGUUUAUGUUAGUUGUUCAUCUAAAAAAACACAAUACAUGGACAGGGUUAUCGAGACUUCUGCAUUUGUUUCAGUUUUAAAGAGGUUAAUUGAAAUUCAAAAAAAAAAUAUUUCUUCAAAAGACACCUCUUUUUCAUUGAAGUUUUCAGAUUAUUUUCGUGAAUGUAAAGAACUUCAAAACUGUUAUGAUUUUUAUCAAGAAAAUAUGCCUGUGGCUGUUCUUUGUUAUAUACUAACAAGUUGUUUGAAAGUUGAUUCCUUUUUAAGAUCAUUUCUCAAGACUCCUGGAGGUGUUAAAAUUAUUUUUGAUGUUUUAAAAACCCCGUGUUGUUUUUUUAUGCAUCCAGCUUUCAUAUAUUUACUAAUGAAUACCACAGAACAAUUACUUUUAGAAGGGGUAAAAGUAGACAUAGAAAAUUUAUUUAGAGAUUUUGAUUUCAAACAUGUUAGCGAACUUGUUGUAUCUGAAAACAAAAUUAUUCGUAAAUAUGCACAGCUGAUUAUUCGUAAAGUUUGUGAUGCUAAAAUUUUUUAUGCAGAAAUAAGGUUUCCUGCUUGGGAAGAUAUUACAAUGUUUUCCUGUGAAUGUCUAAAAGAACUUCUUUAUAAAGACAUACAUGAUCAGACUUUUAGCCUUGAUCUUAUUGGUUACAUUUAUAGGCUUUCUAAUAACAAUAGCUUGAAAUCACACCCAAGUGAGUUUUAUGAAUUUGCGAUGCUUUUCUUGAAGAGCUGUGACGUUGAAAAGCAACCACUCGGUGACUUGGUUAUGGCUGCUUUGAAAGCAGUUCUCUAUUUAAGUGAAAAACUUAGUACUGAGUCUAAACUGAAUGCAAUGCGAAUCUGUUUGCCAUUUACUUGUUGUAAUAAAGGAGAGAAGAAAGGGUUUGAUCUACCUGGGACAAAAGAAGUUGCAUUGUGGGUAUGUUCAAGAUUAAUGGAAAAAGAUGAAGAUUGUAUUAUAGAAUUUUAUCAACAUAUUGAAUUUGUGUUGCUUGUUGAAGAAACCUUUAAGCUAGGUUCAGAAUAUACGUUAGAAACAUUGCAUCCUAAAAAUUGCAGUCAAAACAUGUUUACUUAUUUUACUUUAUUGAACCACAUGUUUGCUGUUAAUGAAGUGCUAAAGUACACACCAUUAUUUAACUGUGAUCCUCUUGUGUUAUCUUCUGAAAUUAUUUCUAAACUUUGUCAAAUGUGUUCAUUAUGCAUUGAACUGCCUUUUUUAACAGAUUUGUUAGGAAAAAAAGUAAUAUACACGCUUUCUGUGUUAAUUGUUGAAGAUCAAAUGCUCGUUAAGGAAUUAAUAAGUUAUGACAUAGUUAAGUUGAUACAGCAUCUUUUUAUCACAUAUGAUACUUGUGAGUAUCCUUACCUAAUAAAAUGUCGUUUAAUAUUCAAACAUUAUUAUCCUAAACUUCUUUGGAUUGGUUUUUAUGAGUACGACGAGUUUCGCCGCAAAAAUCAUGAAAUUAAAGUAUUAAAUGAAAAAACAGAAACACACUUUACAAAUGAACUGAAAAUAAAAUGCGCUUGGCAUUUUUGUGAGAGCAAUACACCUGUUUUGUUUAAGUGUGGUCAAUGUUUUUUAACCAAUUAUUGCAGUAAGACUUGUCAACGAAAUGAUUGGAAGAGUCACAAGCAAACUUGUGGAAAGAAUAUUUAAUUUAAAAAAUUUUAAUUUUUAAUAAUUUGUAUAAUAUUUUAAAUGACUUGUUUUUAAAUGUUUUUAUAUUUAUGAGUUUAUAUUUGAUCUUAUAUUUUAAAAAAACAAA